GAUGACAUUAUUAGAGAAAAUACAAGACUGCUUUUCCGAGACCUCCUGCUCGUGUUGGAGCUGGAUACAUCUACGUCAGCAGGCGAUUGGGGCCGUAUAGAAGAUGUUCUGGGGACCUUCGCCUGUGCAUUCCGUGGUGCUGGAUCAAACAAAUAUGCAAACGAAAUUCUACACUUUUUGCACGGCCUAAAAGUCAUCUGGACACCUCAAUUUGCGUAG